UCGCCAUCGAGUGCAGUCGUGUUUACCUAGCGUGCUACGCUUAAAAUUGGCCAAACGGAGUAAAAAUUUCGGUCGGAGCGUAACGGAAAAAGGCGACAAGAUUGCACAUCUACUGGAAAACCCCCUGCAUCAAGGCAACGGUGGAACGGCGGACCGUCUGGGCGUGGACUUCGAGUUCUACAUGGCCUCGAAGGUGCAUCCAAGUCCGGGGGCGGCACGCAGUGUGUGGGCGUUGCCCCUAACCGCCUCCUCCUCCUGCAACAUGGUCGUCGCGGAGGAGGAUGGCCAUGCCCACGCCGACGACAUCCAUUUGGAUCACCGACCGCAUUCGCCACCAUUGACGGGUCGCGGGACGGACGGUGGUCACGGCAGUGGAGGCGUUGAGGACCACGAAAAUGUGCUCCUCUUUGAGGGGUUGGAUGGGGCCACCACCGUGAGUCUGGACGACAUCUUCGAUAUUAUCAAGAACGGAGAAGUCAGCGAGGUGGAGAACCUCGUGGACAAGUUCGGCAUGGAGUGUCUGUCCGCCAGGGAUCGUCAUGGCUACACGCCAGCCCACUGGAUAGCACUCAACGGCAAUGUCCAGCUGAUGCGGUACCUUAUCGAACGCACUGCUCCGAUCGAUCUGCCCUGUUUGGGUACGCAGGGUCCACGGCCCAUUCACUGGGCGUGCAGGAAGGGCCAUGCCUCCGUGGUGCAGGUUCUCCUUCAGGCGGGAGUUGCCGUCAAUGCGGCGGAUUUCAAGGGACUGACGCCACUCCAUCUGGCCUGCAUGUACGGCCGUACUGCCACGGCGGCAUAUCUUCUAGGAAUGGGAGCGCUCAACAACCUAACCGACAUAAACGGCGAUACGGCACUCCACUGGGCGGCCUACAAGGGACAUGCGGAUCUUAUGCGACUCCUCAUGUACUCCGGCGUGGAGCUUCAAAAGACGGACAACUUUGGCUCGACUCCACUGCAUCUGGCUUGCCUCUCUGGUAACAUGACGUGCGUGCGCCUGCUGUGUGAGAAGUCCCAGCUGGAUCUGGAGCCGAGGGACAAGAAUGGAAAGACACCGAUCAUGCUGGCACAGGCUCAUCAGCACCAGGAUGUGGUGCGUCUGCUGUACGGCGAGGUGAAGAAGAAGUCUCGUUGGAUUCCCUCGGUCUCGGAAAGUUGGGGCUGGCUAUUCGGCGGAGCUGGAGACUCCAAGGGACCGCUGUUUCUGUUUCUCUUUUCGGUGCUGCUUUGGGGCUAUCCCAUGUACAUGAUCCGUGCGAUUCCCAUCACGUGGAACAUAUUGAGGCGCUCGCACUAUUGCUUCAUAUAUUGGAACGCCGUGAUGUGGAUAAGCUGGGCCAUAGCCAAUCGCCGGGAUCCGGGGUACAUACCACUCAGUUCGGAUGCCUACUACCGGGCCAUCAAGCAGAUUCCGUACUUCGACAAGCUGAAGAAGCGGAAUGUGAUGCUAACCAGGCUGUGUCACAGCUGCCGGUGCCUUCGUCCGCUGCGAGCCAAACACUGUCGCGUGUGCAACCGGUGUGUCUCGUACUUUGACCACCACUGUCCCUUCAUCUACAACUGCGUGGGACUGAGGAACAGGAUGUGGUUCUUUCUCUUCGUUCUCUCGGUGGCCGUCAACUGCUCCUUCACCAUCUACUUUGCCUGCUACUGCGUGAUGAUCGAAGGCUUCACGAUGCUCUAUGUGCUGGGACUCGUCGAGGCGGUUGUGUUCUGCGGCUUGGGUUGGAUACUCACUUGUACUUCGAUUCUGCACGCCUGCAUGAACCUCACCACAAACGAGAUGUUCAACUACAAGCGCUAUCCUUACUUGCGGGACAAACGCGGACGCUACCAGAAUCCCUUCUCGCGAGGUCCCAUCCUGAAUUUGCUCGAAUUCUUCGUCUGCCUGCCGGAUCGGGGCGAUGACAACGAUCUCCUGCUGGAGGAUAACAUUUGAUUAAGGAUCUAGGAUCGAGCCCCUGCUCCCCGCCGGCGCAAGCUGCCCGUGCGUGGAUAAUGUUGCGAGGAGGCAGCCAGAGACCCACUCGGGUAGGCUGCCAGUUUGGUUUUGCUCCGCAGGCUUUCUGCUUAGUCGAAUGCUUUAAAGUUCGAACCAAAGGUCAGCAAGUGCGUGUUUUAUCAUUUACAAAUGCAAUCUACAUAUAAUUGCGGAAGGACGUCGGAAGACUUCAACGAGCACUUAAGAGCAUUAAUUGUCUCUGGUGAGACUUCCUUCCGCAAUGCUGUUCAAGCAUCGGCCAGCCGUGCUUUAGCUUUUUUAACUAAUUACAUUACCUUUUAGGCUUGGAUAAGAAUACGCUUCUCUCGUUAGUUUUUGUAC